CCAUUUUUAGUUGAUUUUCUUGGAAUUAAAUCAUUUACACAGCUGCCUGCUGCAAAGAUUCAAACCAAGCCACCGGCUGCUUCAGAAGAAUUAUCUCAACGAUUCUAGAACCCAAAAUAAGAAAACCGAAAAAGGAAGAAUCUGCAAAGUGAGUGAAAAGUGAACGCAUUCAACAUCAAAAACAAGGUCAAUAGUAUAAAGAGCAACUUUGACCGGCGAACUGUUUUUUGAGUCUUCACAAAGUCAACAUCUAGUCUUGUUGAACCUGGUUGGGCUGAAUAAACUCCAUGAAUAGAAUGCAUCUUUUCAAAUGCAGACGUUUAAACAGUUCCCUCGACUUCAUUUCUUCUCUAAGACCUUGAUGUGAUUCCUGGUAUCGUUUGAAAAAUAAAUGAGUAAGUGCAAGUCGCAAGGAAUCAGAAAUUCUCUAGGAUACAUGCCAAAGGAAGGCUUGCAGUAAGAAGUGCUGAGGAUCAUAAUUUACACAUAUCCAAAAUUGUGUUCAACUGCAGAAGACUCUGACAGACACAUUAGAAUAGACAACCUGCUAGAAGAGGCCAUUCUUGUUUUUCAGACGGCUUUAACAAAAUGAACACUACAUUUAAUCCUUUGGUGAUGAAACAUGUUGCUUCUGAGAACAACUCAGACAAUGCGACCAGCAAUGCUUCCUACAGCAACACAACGACUUUGGUGUGCAACAAAAUCAUUAUUCCCCACGAACUCUUUUUGACUAUUGGGCUUCUGAGUCUCCUGGAGAACAUUUUGGUGGUGUUAGCCAUUAUUAAAAACAGGAACCUGCAUUCUCCGAUGUACUAUUUUAUCUGUUGCCUUGCUGUGUCGGACAUGCUGGUGAGCGUCAGCAAUGUGGUGGAAACCAUGUUCAUGCUGCUGAUUGAUCAAGGGGUCCUGGUGGUCACUUUCAACAUCAUCCGAAACAUGGACAACAUCAUUGACAUGAUGAUCUGCAGCUCUGUGGUGUCCUCGCUCUCGUUCCUGGGUGCCAUCACAGCAGACCGCUACAUCACAAUUUUCUACGCCUUGCGGUACCACAGUAUCAUGACCACUCAGCGAGCUGUGGCCAUCAUUAUAGCCAUCUGGGUGGCCAGCACCAUCUCCAGCACACUUUUUAUCACCUACUACAAGAACAACGCCGUCAUCAUCUGCCUCAUCACUUUCUUCUUGUUCAUGCUCAUCUUGAUGGCAGCCAUGUACCUUCACAUGUUCACCCUCGCCCACCUCCAUGCCAAGCGCAUCACUGCCUUCUACAAGAACCGGCGCCAAAACCAGGCCACCAGCAUGAAGGGGGCUGUCACCCUGCUCAUUUUGCUGGGGAUAUUCCUCAUAUGCUGGGGACCCUUCUUCCUCCACCUAACCUUAAUUGUCACCUGUCCCAAGAACCCACACUGCCUCUGCUUUUUCAACCACUUCAACCUGUUUCUAAUACUAAUCAUCUGCAACUCGUUUAUAGACCCCAUUAUCUAUGCCUUCAGAAGUCAAGAACUUCGAAAGACGCUUAAGGAGUUGCUGCUUUGCUCCUGGUAGUUGAUGCUUUGCUCUUGUUGGGUUACACUGUUGCCUAUGCUUUGCUUAAUAGCAAACACUAAGGAAAUAAGAAAUGUAUUUGUAUGGUAAAACACCAAAAGGCUUUUUGUUUAAAAAUGUGCAUAAUUUUCUUCUGUUUGAGUGUAAGCUUUCUAAGAUUAAUGGAACCAUCCCUCACUAUUUGUGAUUGUUGCACUUAUCUAAAGCAUCAAUCUGUGCUGGGCUUUUUGUGUCACCGCUAAUCAAAUCAGCUUCCCUGCAGAUUAUUGUAUUGUGAUGAUUGAGUUGACAAGUUAAAUAGGUUAAUGAGCGUGAUAUAUUUUUUAGUAAUCACAGCGAUUUGUAUACUUGGAAAUGCAAUAGUAUUGCAAACAUCUAUGCACUCAACCAGCAUAUCAAACUGCAAAAUUGCAGGCUGCAGCAGCUCAGCCUGGACUCAUAUGUUACUUUCAUUUUAGAUUAAAAACUACUUUUGUUUUUACAGUUUUGUAUGUGCAUAUACCUAUUUACACACUAGUUUCUUUUGAAAUGUUUAUUUUAUUAUAGUUUUUCAUUUUUUGAAGUAGGCCAUAGUGCUUUAUAUGUGGUAAGUUAGGAAAUAAACCGUUUUAUGUUUAAUUGUUCAUUUAAAAUUCGGCUGUGCAGAUGUUUAAUAUGAUGUGCUUGAACAAAACUUGAGUUG